CUGAACUGACUCGUGCUGGGGCAUAUUCUGGGGUAUAUAAGUUGGUACGAUCAGUGGACUCCAUCUAGAACCAGAUGAAACCCCUCGAGUUCGACAGUUAAAACUCAAAAACACAUUCAAUUCAAAAUUAGUUAGGGUUUCAUUAGUAAAACCCCUCUGAUUCUAAACUUCGAAAUCACUGAAACUUCUCCCCAAAAUCAAUAUGCGAGAAGAAGAGAGAUUGAAUGUGAUUUCAAUGGAGAAAGAAGAAGCAACAACAUCAAAAGGGUUUUACGGUGGAGGAGGAGUUGGAGGCAAAUUAAGAAAACCACCAUUACGAAAACUUCAAUCAACACCAUAUGCUCGUCCUCCUCAACAAGCCCUAGCAAGGAAAAAUGGUGGUGGAUGGUUAUCAAAAAUUGUUGAUCCAGCUACUCGUAUUAUUACUGGAGGCGUUACUAGAAUCUUACCUUCUUCUGUCUCAAAUGUUCUAUUUGGUUCUUCUGAACAUGAUUAUCACUCUGGUACAGAGGUGAAUCAAGAUGCUAGCGAUGAAAUUCCAGAAGACAUAUCCAAUAUAUCUGGAUCUCUGGAAGGAGAGGGAAGUCCUGCAGAAGCUGACAGACCGAAAUCUGGCUCUGAUGAUGAUCCAAGUGCUGGAAACAAAUUAGGUAGCUCAUCUGAUGGCAGUAGCUUUUCUGACAUUGAAAAGAAGCUAAAAGAAGCAACUUUUUCCAGACAUGAAUAUGAUCGCUUGACAAAGUUAUUGCAUUCAAGAUCUUCUCAUGUCGAUGAACAGUCAACAAAUACUUCAAAUACUGCUAUCAAGAAAGAGACUACUGAUGGGGUGCUGGCCCAGGAAAACCUGCAUGAAGGAAAAAGAGAAGCUAGCCCAGCCCCUCAUCCUCAAUCAUCUAUACGAGAUCAGGUUGGUGCCUCACCAAUAGAUAUUGCAAAAGCUUACAUGGGAGGCUGCACAUCAAAAUCAGGGCUUAAUUCUCAAAGUGUACUUGAAAGAACCCCUAUAACUGAUAGGUUUUCGUCAAAAUUAUCCAUACCAUCACCGCUACCUAAGCCGUCAGUGUGCUGGCCUGGAGCCAUUGUGCAGAAUCAGCAGGCUUAUCAAACCCCACAAACACAAAAUCGCAGAAUUGGGCUCCAUAAUUUGGCGCGAACCCCUUAUUCCAGGCCUACUCAUUUAAGAUCAACUUCUAAGUUGCUAAGUGGUGGAGACAGAGGUAUUAACACUAUGCCGAAUCAGUGGAAGCAGUCUCAUACUCCAAAUUUUGGUUACAGUCAGGUGACCAGGAAAACGAGUUCUCCAGAUAAAGGCUUUGGAUCACUAGGACCCAUUCGUAGGACACGUCGUAAUUCUGUUGAAACGACUCCUUGUCGAGGAACUAGUCUUAAUAGGUUUGAAAGUUCAGAUGCUUCCAUGAAUAUCUUGCGCAUCAAUAAUCAGAAUUAUGAAAUAGGACCAUCAACAAAUGCUGAUAUAGAUUUCCAGAUGGCGAAUAAUAUACCACCAAGCAGUGUUGGCAUUUCACCUGUUCAUCCUCAGUCUUCAGAUGUGGCUAGAAGAAUAUUGGAGCACCUUGAUAGAGCUAUCCCAACUCCCCAAAAGAAAGUUAACGAGUUAAAGAUGGCCAGUUCUUGGAGGAAACCUCAGUCUUCUUCUGACACUGGCGUUCUGAAUGGGCUGACAUACGAACAACCACAUGUUGUUGAAGGCUCUGAUGCACAGAAUAGCCCCGUCACGUUGCAAUACUCUUCUAAAGGCAAAGAGGUGGCAAAUAGCUCUCCAUUUGAAGCUCAGCCUGUGCAGAAAAAAGUUGUUGUACCUACUACCAAUGAAGCAAAGGCAAACACGUCAGCUACUAACUCAAGUUCUAGCACGAAUGGUUUUGGUUUUGGUGGUCACAUUGGUGUUAAAGCAGCAACACCAUCAGUGGGUUUGUUUAAACCGGAUGCUCAUAGGAAACCUCCGACACCACACACUUAUGGAAGAGACAAGCCUGCAUUAAGCACCAUUUCAAUUACCAAGCGUGAUCCUAAACGUUUCGAUAACGGUUCUGGUUUUACCUUUCCUGUAUCUGCUUCGUCAUCUGGUAAUAUCUCUGAACCUCCUACUCCUUCGAUCCUGCCAUUUCCGUCAGCUAGUGGUCUGCCUCGGCCACAAGAAAACACAAGCGCUCCUUCAGACAAAUCAACAGCAAAUGCAGUAGGUGCGCCUUCAUACAGUUUUCGUUCCCAAAAGACUGAAGAUUCAAUUGUUUUCUCAUUUCCGUCUACAAGCUCUGCUAGUCCUAGUGGUGACAGUACGACAACCCCAACUUUUAAAUUUGGAUCAGAUAAGAAGGAUAGAUUAUCUUUUAGGUCAUUUGGUGAAAACACCAAAUGUCAUUAGUCGAGCAACCCGUAAAGGUGCUCAUCUGUAAUUUCUUGAAGCCUUUAGAAACUUAUUUUUUAGGCACCACCAUGAGAAGCUAGAAAAGCUAGAUUUGGUACUACGUUUGAACUUUGUUCGGCUUGAUCAUAUAUUUCAUAAGUUGCCGAACUUGUAGAUCUUUUUGUUUUUAGGGGAUUAUAUAGUUCUUUAUCAACAAUAUUAUUCUUUUUAAACUGUUGUUUUCCUUCCAAUAUAGUUCUUUAUCAAUAAUUCACAUACA